UUAUAGGCCGAUCGCAUGCGUGGAACCACUUCCCGACAUCGCGAAUUGCAUAAAAAAAAAGUGUAUAUAUCUGAACAGGUUUUCAAGUGGAUUCGCUUUUCUAUCCAAACCGAAUAACGUACAGCCGGGACUCGGGCACAAUUAGUUCCGUUCUGGGAGAAACAAGAAGCACUUGGCGAAGAACGAUCACCAUCUAAGCCAGUUGGGGCUUCUAUUUUCAUCUUGAGAGAAGCGGGACGAAAUCCACCACUUCGAGCGCAGUCGCAUCUUCGCGUCGGAUAUGCUCGCGAGUGACCGGGACCAUGACAAGAUCGCCACGAAAACCGACAAUGUUAAUGAACCCGCUGAUUUCGAUAAAGCCAUCUCCGCAACCGGUUAUGGGUUAUUCAAUGUAUUACUACUGUUGGCGGUGUUGCCAAUCGCAUGGACCGCCGUUUUUGACACUACUUCCGGCGCAUUCAUCUUAGCAUCGGCCGAAUGCGAUCUCGAGCUCACGUUCUUCCGCAAAGGCGUGCUCGUUGCAUUUCCUUACAUAGGUAUGACAACAACUUCUUUUAUAUGGGACUACAUAACGCCUUAUACAAGUAUGAAAACGCUAUUCAUGCUUGCAUUAGUCGGUGAUUCAAUUUUAAAUAUCGUGAGCACUGGCGUACAAUCGUACUAUAUAUUUUUGCUAGUCAAAUUCGUCAGCGGGAUUUUCAUAGGCGGCCCGUUGGCGAUGGUGAUGACGUACCUGACGGAAUUCCAUUCGGCGAGGUAUAAACCCCGCUUUGCCACAUGGACGGGAUUUCUCUUCUCCGUGGCGAACAUCAUACCAGCAGCUCUUGGAUUCUCAAUAUUACCGAUGGAUUGGCACGUUGAUAUCCUUGGCCAAGACUACAAUUCUUGGCGUAUAUAUCUACUGAUCUGCUCGAUACCACCCGUUGUUGGUCUCGUGACGGCGACCAUGUUACCGGAAAGUCCUAAGUAUCUCAUGGCAAUUGGCAGGUCAGAUGCUGCCUUGAAAUUACUCAGGAGAAUGUACUGUAUGAACACCAGGCAACCUCCGGACACGUUCCCGAUAAAAGCGCUGCUCGUUCGGCAAAAGACGCAAUUGCCGCGUCCCGUACUCGAGGCGAGUCUCGAGAGGAUGCGCGUCUCGUUGUACAACACGAAGCUACUACUGACGACGACGGCUUACCUGCCCGCCUUCUGCUUCGUAAGUUUCCUCCAAUUUGGAAGUAUGCUUGGAUUUAACGUAAUGAGAUUGUGGGUGCCGCAUCUCUUUAUCAUUCUCAACAACUUUGACUGGGAAAACUGGACAUCGUCGAAUGAGAGACAGCCCACCAUGUGUGAGAUGUUAGACUGUCGUGCGACCCUACCGGGUAGACGAUAUUUGAAUUACUCCAAUGUCGAUGACAUGUGUUUCAGGUGGACUAUCAAUCCUGUGAUUUAUCAAAAUUCAACGAUCAUAGCGUCAUCAGCUGUUCUAUUCUCUUUUCUUACUGGAUUCAUAACGACUACCAAGCUACGAAAACAGAUUAUAAAUGCUCGCGGCCUUCCUGAUAUCGGUGGCAAGCAGUUUCGGAAUAAAUUGGGCGCAGUCUCCGCCGUACAUGCUGACGCUGGCGGCGGCGGUUAUCGUGACGACAAGAAUAGCGGGACCACGAGCGCCAGCAUCCUCACGAUCACUGGAAAUAUUGCCGCUAUCGUGGGAAAUCUGAUUUUCUCCGCGCUUCUGGGCAUCGAGUGCGUCGCCGCUUUCCUGGGAUUCGGCUGUUUCUUCUCCGUCUGCUGUUGCGGAAUUUUAUUCUUUCCACAACCCGCGAAAGAAUCAUCAACGAAAUUUGCUGAAGCUAGUACAUCGAAAGCAUGAAGAGUAUAACACAUAGCCAUUUCAAAAUCAUUCGUACCUAACUUAAAAUUACAAAAA